GGUCACCAUGACAACUGUUGUACUGUGUAGGUCAGAACCGGGCCGUGCUGACACAGGUGUGGUGAACGACCAAGAGGAUAAGAAUCACAUUAUCCUGGAGCUGGAGGCUCUGAAAAUAUCUGUUUGUGUUGGGAACCUGACCAGCUGGUGUUUUGAACCAACUGCGUGAGUGUGUCACAAGGAUACCUGCAGGUGGGUAUAUAUACUGGGUGUGGCCGCCGCUACCGCAUAUUCUCCUCCAUCAUCAUCAUCAUGGCAGCUUUCUGGUGGUCAGCUGUGUGUGUCUGUCUGUUGGUGACCGUUGACCUAUGUGUGGCAACAGGUAUGGGGGCUGGGGGGGAGGAGAACCCCGUGGGCGACAACUACUUAACCCUGACGCUGGACUGGGCCAUGAGCUGGGGAGUCUGGGGCCCUAAGGCCUACUGUCCUACAGGAACCUACGCCUACGGCUUCAACAUCAAGGUAGAGUCAGAGGGCGCCGUCGACGACACAUCCAUAAACGGCAUCAUGUUGUACUGCCGCGCCCCGGGUGAUGUCGGCCAUGACGGUAUCUCGCCUAAGGUGGACGCUGGGGAAUACACCAUCACCUCCACCGUCCAGCGGUGGGGAGACUGGCGGGGUAAGAGAGAGUGUUUUCAGGGUUUCUUAACGGGCCUGAAAAUGAAGAGUGAGGAAUAUCAGGGCAUAAUCGAGGACGACACAGCUGCCAAUGACCUGGAGAUGCAGUGUAACUGGAGCACCGAGACCCUGAACGGCGGCGGCAACCACUGGGGAUACUGGAGUGACUAUGCUGAUUGUCCUGAUGGUUGGGUAAUAUGUGGCAUCGAGACCCGCGUCGAGGCUGAAACUGCUACAGAUGACACAGCUCUGAACGAUGUGCGCAUGUUUUGUUGUGACACGACCUCUUAGGUGACCUCACAACUCCCGGAGUGACCUCCACACCCUUAGAUGACUUCACCUCCCACUGGAACUGAGUCUUCUCACAGACGUCUCCCAGCAACCACUGUCAACAGUUGACACGAGUAAAAAAUCAAAAGUAUGGUCAGGCAAAUAGUAGAAAUAAUAUUUCACCUUUUUGAAAGAAACCUGAAAUAAAGACUUGAAGCUU